AUGGGGAAGCGCAAGGCGGCGGGAGAGGAGCAGUAUGCCAGUCUUGUGCGGAGUAUUAAGAGCAAGCUGCAGAGCUCUUCGGACUCCAAGACCAAGAAGGCGCAGGAACAGUAUCUGAAGGGAACGCUGCACCGUGGCAACAAGAUGCCGGCGAUCAAGCUCGCGGUUGAAGACGCGAUGAAGGAACUAGGAGAGGAGCUUGAGGCAGACGAUUUUGAGAGAGCCGGAAUCGAGCUGAUGCAAUCCAAGUACUCCGACGACAAGCAAGCCGGUAUUCUCGUGCUCCAAUCGUCUCUGAAGAGACGGAGGAAGGACGUGGACGUGACGGAAGCGGACGUGGACGAGUUCUUGAGCAAGAUGGCUUUCCUCUUUGAGUCUGGUGCAAUCGCUGAUUGGUCGAGCUCGGACAAUCUCAGUGGGAAAGUCCUUGGCCUCUUCGUGCUGUCAUGCAAUGCUGACGUCCGCCGUUACGCUGUCAAGAAGCUCCUUGCGUGGAGCCAGCUGGAGGAUAGCUCGGUUUGGCAGCGCAGGGCAGGGCAUGUGAGCUUUGUGACGCACGUGUCGCCCAAGAAGAGCAGCAAGGCUGUCAUAGGAGAUGAGUUGCACUACAACGGCUUCGUCAGGGAUCUCGUCGCAGCAUGUGAGGCUGCGCUGAAGAUCAGCAGCGAGAGGUUCAGCAACACCGGGGCUGGCUGGGUGCUUCGCUACUGCUACCACCUGGAGAAGGAGGAGACCGUCCGCUGCCUUGAGCGAUGUGCCCCGAUCAUGACGCGGGAGGGGAUCAGCUACGCACUAGAGCAAUGCAGGGACACAAAGCUCAAGGCGAGGCUGAUAGAGCUCAACAAGCCUUGA